GUUCUGGGGACUCUUCGGUGUGUAUUAAUGCAUUGGGUUCUAGCAAAAGCGCUAAUUUCGGGUGAAAGUUGGCGCAGCUCGUCAAGCGAUUUUGGAAAAGUAACUCUUAGCGGAGCCCUACUGUUGAAAGUUCAGUGCCAAAGCUCUGAAGUGACUCCAGCCCACACCUCCUCGCUGGUGGCUUUAUGUUCAUUGCUUACCUGGACCUCCAAUCUCACCCUCAGCUUCCUGGGUGGGUGUCUGUGAAUUUAAGGGAGCAUUGUCAACACUGAGCCUUUGUCCUGAGCUAAGUAACACUGCUGUUUCCAGUGAUUUAGAAAGAGCUAAAGGAAGCAGCUUGGAUUAUUUGCAUCAUCUAGGGCAGUAUUAGGUGGGGAAAGAGGUGGACGUUGUGUGUGGCACAGAUCAAUGAACUGGGAAAAUGGCAAGUUGUGGCUUUUACCUACAGGUGUAGAUGUAAAGCCAAAAGACAGGUGGGCUAAGAUAAAUGUUGAUGUCAAAGCAGGACUUCAUGUGCAUUUUUGUCUUCCUUUCUUUCUUAAAACUGUUAAAAUUUAUUCUGGUUUAUAGGACAGCCAACCUAGAGCAAAUUUAUCAGGGUAGCCCAGCCUGAAAUUGGAAAUAAGUUGGAACUACGUUCCUGGAUGUUGAUGGAAAAACAAAGUAACACAUUAUUCUGGGAUGCUGGUCAAAAUAUUUGUCUUGGAGUUGCCAGUCCUGUAGAUAUGGGCUUUUCCUCCUGUGCCAGUCCAGGGCUGGUCCAGCCUGAGUAGCUGCAGUGCCAUGGUGGUGGCUCAGUGGUGCCUGUGCUCUGCAGCGGUGCUUCCCCCACAGCUUUGAUGUGUGCACCCUGAAACCUUUCCUGGCAACACGAGCCUCCCCGUGGAGUGAAUUCAAACCUCCUGCCAGCAGGAUUUGCUUUUCACUCUUAUCUGCCAUAGACCCCUUAGAAGUGGUUUGCAGCUCCUCAGGAUGUGUUGGUCACGGGUUAAAAAUCGCUGACCUGGACAGGUAUCUAAAUAAGUCUGGUUUGUUAACAUUGCUGGGCUUUAUUUUCCUGCAGUGUGGGUACCUAGUGCUACCUUAUUCGUAUCAUAUUAAUAUGCAGCUCAAAUAUGGUGAACAAGUGUUCUUAAGUGGUUUAUUUCCUUGCCAGUGACUUUCAGUGACGUAGACAGACACUUGAAUUUAGCCAGAAGGUAACAAUCAAAUAUGAAGAUGACUGGCAAACAUGCUUCUGCCAGAAAGUUAUUUGCUUAUGCCUUGGAAGAAGGGCAAGGGCAGAACCUGGGAUGAAGGGUAGGGGAAGUAAGAAUCCAAAGGCCAAUCUGGCUGUUGCUGCAUCCUCCAGCUCCUCCUGUGAUCUGGGAGUGGGUGCUGUGGUUUGCAGUGGGUCCAUCUCUUACCGUGCCAGAGCCUCUGGUUCUUCUGGGCUCUUGGUCCUUUCUGCUUCAGAAAUGGCUGAAAGGCUCCUGUGCCACUCACCAUCCACUCAGUGAAAUGAGAAAAAAGGAAAAAAAGAGCAUUUCAGCCUCCUUCCUCACCCCACUGCUCCUAACAAAGCACGUGAGGUACUUGUGACGAGGCUGAGUCUGAAGUCAGUCUGUUUCCAGACAGAUGGCAAUAACAAUAAUAACAAUAAUAAUGAUCAUAAACGAUUAUUUGUAGUAUGAGUAUGGCAUCCUAUAACUUUUUAAAAUGUUACACUCAGAGAUUUUUUAAUGUCUCCUUUUUUUUUUUGCACGUGAAAGUAGAAUUAAUCUUGGUUUCCUGGCCUGGGGAAUACUGCUGAUAGUGCUUAUCAAGAGGCACUGUUUUUUAACACCUCUUGAUAAGUAGUUGUACAGUAUAAUGGCAUUUUAGGAGCUAAUCUAGAAUAGCUUCAGAACUAUUUCUUAGGAGCUGUGAGAAGGACUAGGUUUUAUUUGUGGCUGCCUUUCAUGUAAAUAUUUGCACAGUCUCACGGAGUUCUCUGAAAUACUUGUGAUGUAUUACAAGUAUUACUUACCUUACUGCACAGGCACGCUGAGUAGAGCUCACCUCUGUUGAGAAGGUUUGUUGAAAGGCCAGGACACCGUAGGACCCUGAUUUUAAUGAGUUUGGGACAUUCAGUCAAUUUGUCUUUGAUCCUUGCCAGAGGACAAAUGGAGUAAAUUAAAAUCACUUUUUUUAACCAUCACAAUAAAAAUAUUCAGUGCCACCUCCUGAAGAAGUGUCAAGGAAAUCUUGUUAAUGAAAUGGGAUGAAAAAAUCUUAUUUAGCUCCUUUCCUUUUUCAUUCAUAACUGGAUUAUUUUUAACCUUUCUAUACUUCAUUUGCAAAUCAUGACAAUUUUUGUUACUGAUUGUUAAACAGGAAUCUUGACCAUGUUUCUUUCCUCUUGUCCAGGUGACAAGGCAGGAACUGUCCUGUGAAAUUGCUCUGUGAAAAGGUCAUAAAAAUGAAUCUGGAACUUCUUUGCUUGUUUUUCCCCUUUUUUUAUUUUAUUGCCCCACUAACCUUUCCUCCACACCAUUAUAUCAUGGUUAUAUUGUGCUCAUGGUUAUGUUGCUGAAACUUCCAGGUGGUCAUAAAAUGGUUGGGAAUUUAAAAAAAAAUGAAAUCAUGUUUCCUUUCUGCUGUCAUCAAUGCCAUAACAGGUUGGCUUGCCCUUCUUUAUGGUUGAGCUUUGCACUGAAAUUACUCCUUUGCUAUCUCAGUGAGUUGAGAUUGUUGGUUUGCUCGAUACAGGGAAUGAUUUGGAUGUGAUGCAGUGUGUUAGGGUCAUGUAGAAUGUCUGGAUGCUUUUAUGCUUCCUCCUUUUAGAGGGUGAGCUUCAUUCAUUUGGUUUUUGACUGUUCUGUCCCCUUACAUCUUUCUGUUUACAUGUGGUUGCUUUUACAUAGGUCUAACUGUGACUAGUUUUUUUUUGUUCUGGGGUUUCUUUUUCAACUGUUGAUAGCUAUCACAGAGCUUUGCAAACAGCUGAUGUUGUUUCUGUUUCAGGAAACAGCACAAAACGUGUACUGGAGCAAUAUGUAAAUGCAGGAAGCAAGCUGCUGCCAAUGGAACUCUGGUUUCCUUGGCCAGUUGAAUUCACAGUGUUGAACUGGGAUAUCUGGGGGCACUUAUUCCAUCCUAUUGACUUGGGCAUGGAAACAGCCUAUGGGGAUCUCUGUGUGAAAGCUUGUGGAAGCCAAUUAACAAUUACAACUGGCUGAGUGCUGAGGAAGUCCUGUCAUUUCUUGCUGGACAGCCAGGGUAAAAGGCAGCAGGUCUGGUGUCAUGACAAAAUCCUGCUUAGGCCUUCAGGGUUUCUUUGCCUUUCAUUCUGUCGGUUGCCUUUUUGGGAUGAUCUCCUGGCCAGCAAAGGACACAGGAGGUGUGAGGGGGCCAUGAGCUGUAGUGAGGCAAAAGCAGAGUCUCGUUUUUGCCCAGAAUUCACCAAAAUUCAGCGAGGGAUGUAGAAGCAGGUGGUGGUGAGGACCAUGUACAGCUGAGCAGCACAACUCUGUGCUUGGUGUUUCCUGUCCAGGGCACUGUUCCUGUUCCAGAGGAACUGUUCCUGUGGUACGGAGAAGGACAAGCCUUUGGAGGGCUGAGAGUCUGGAAAAGUCCAUUUUGGAUUAAAUAAGACAUCAUCAAAUGAAGUACAGACCAACUUCUGCUGCAACUUUUACUUAAAGACCUGAUUUGCAGAAAUCUGUAGAAAAACUUCUAAAACAUCCAGAAAGCUGUUGGAUUGAAUUUGUUUUGAACUAAUCUAAUACUUUUAUUUUUUUUGUAUUGUUGUUUGGCUGUGUUCCUUUUUUGUUUUAAUUUUGGACAGAUUUACUGGAAAUAGUGAUGCAUUUCUUUAAUCUUAGUGACCCAUGAUAGAACAUUAACAUGUUAAGGCAUAUGUAAGAAGCUCAGAUACUUCAAGUAUCAGCUGUGAGGCAACACAUUUUCCUUUAUUUUUCAGUGAACUGUGUCUCAGUGGUGGCUUUUUACUCUUUGUCUCUAAUGUCAUUAGAAACAGUGGCUUUAUUCCUGAGUUUUGAAAGAAAAACACACUCAGUUUUGGAGCUUUUGUGUUGCUGGGGGUCUAAAUGCUGGUUCUGCUCCAUCCAUACUGGAGGUUUUGAAAUUUAGGGGCUUGACUGUGUAGGACUGAUGGGUCCCUUUCAUUAUUGGGUGCAGUUUUGCUGGAAGGUGUUAACAAGCCAACCCUCAGGCCUCUGGUACCCUGUGACACCUUGAAGCCUGCUCCAUCCUCCCAGUUCCCUUGUCUGAGAUCUCCAGCUCCCUUUAGAGGACUCCUGAAGUUUGUUUUUUUUCAGAUGCACCCAGUAAAGCGCUAGAAUAGCUCAGCAGACAUCAGGAGGAAUGAGGGAAGGAGAGUUGUACAUUCCCACUGAACUUCUCUGCAUCAUCAGAGCGAGUUUAUGACACUUUUAAAUGGUCUAUUUAAAUUUGUCUGAGUGAGAGAAGGAGGAACAGAAACAUCCUCCUGUGAUUUAUUUGUCCCUAAGUCUGGGCAGAGCUGCACUUCCCAACUCCUGUGAAGAGCUGGGCAAGGAUGGAUGGGACAUAAAUCAAAGCAGAAGUCCUGGAGCCUUAGUCACCAGUCUGAUGGGCUUUCAGUUCACACUUUACUCCCUGACACUUGAAUUGUUUCUGUACUGUUGACAAAGGAAAAAAUGGCCUCUACUCUAGGCCCACCACCGCCGUACUACGAGAACAGGGGCUUCCAGCCAGAGCCCAUCUACGCUGCCAGGCAGGCAGCAGGUGCUAGUCCUUACCCACAGCUCUUCUCUCCAAGCGCUCCCUCCGUGCCAAGCUACGUCCCAAGGGUUGCCACCCACCAGUCCAGCAGGCCGGUAGCACCCCCACCCAGGAGAAGUUUCAUUUCAGGUCUAAGGAAAACCAUAAUCAUAUUAUUAUCUAUAUUAAUAGUCAUUUGUUGUGCAAUUGCUGCUUUCUUUAUCUGGUAUUUUGUAGAGAAUCACUGUCUCAGCUCCCUGAUCGAGUGUGGCUCCUCGGGGGUGUGCAUGUCCCCCUCCCAGUGGUGUGAUGGAGUGAGCGACUGCCCCAACGGGGAGGACGAGAUGCGCUGUGUUAGACUUUUUGGACCAAAUUUUAUCCUGGAAGUUUAUUCACCUGUCAGCAAAUCCUGGUAUCCUGUUUGCCAAGAUGGCUGGAAUGAUGAUUAUGGGAAGAUUGCAUGCAAAGACAUGGGCUACAGCGUGGAUACGUAUUUCCAGAGUCAAGGGGUAGUGCCUGAAGUCAGCUUUAAGAGCUACAUGAAGCUGAACAUAAGUGCUGGGAACAUAGACUUGUACAAAAAGCUGUACAGCAGUGGUUCCUGUGCCUCAGGAAAAGUGGUUUCUCUGCGCUGCAUAGAGUGUGGCCUGUCCAGCAAGAGCGUGAGCAUCAUGAACAGGAUCGUGGGUGGCAGCGGGGCCGUGCUGGGGCAGUGGCCGUGGCAGGUCAGCCUGCACGUGCAGGGCACCCACGUCUGCGGGGGCUCCAUCAUCACCCGCCACUGGAUUGUCACAGCAGCACACUGUGUGGAAGGGCGAUUUUCUGACCCACAGAGCUGGAGGGUUUAUGCUGGCAUUCUGAAUCAGGAUGAGAUGCUCUUUAGAAGUGGAUACAGAGUGCAACAAAUAAUUUCUCAUCCAGAUUAUGACACAGACUCUAAAGACAAUGAUGUUGCCCUUAUGAAGCUGGAGACACCACUGAGUUUUACUGAAACUGUGAGGCCAGUUUGUCUGCCCAAUCCAGGAAUGAUGUUCCAGCCUAACCAGCAGUGCUGGAUAUCAGGGUGGGGAGCAGAGUACCAAGGAGGUAAAACAUCAAAUAACUUGAAUUUCGUUGCGGUGCCCUUAAUAGAACGUUCGAGGUGUAAUUCUGUUUAUAUCUACAAUGGAAUGAUUCUGCCUACAAUGAUCUGUGCUGGAGACCUAGCAGGGGGAAUUGAUUCCUGUCAGGGUGACAGUGGAGGUCCUCUGGUGACCCAGCACCACUCUGUGUGGUGGCUGGUUGGAGAUACCAGCUGGGGCACUGGCUGUGCCACUCCCAACAAACCUGGAGUCUACGGGAACAUGACUGUGUUUACAGACUGGAUUUAUAAAAACAUGCAGGCAAACAGAUGACAACACUCUCCUUGCUCAUCGAUGUUCCUGAGGACAAGAAUUAAUGAAGCCAUGGGGGCCUGGGAUAUUUAUUCACUUUGCGGUUGAUUUCAUCUCUCCUCUUUGAUUUUUCUUUUUAAAAGUAACAUGAAGGAUUGCACACUUGGUUCUGUGCUGGCUACAGUGACGGAUCUUAAUCAGUGAAGGAUUAUCACAGUGAGCACCUUUCCUCUCCUUGUGGUGCCUGGCAGAGUCAUUCUGUGAACUGCUUGCUGAAAUUUCUCUCUUUUGUUGAGUAACUUUUGCUUGAUGAUCAGGCUUAUAAUGACAAUUUAAAUCACGAUUUAAUUUCAGAUUUUCCUAGCAGGAUGCUGAGACAGUUGGUUUAGUAGUUUUUAAAUUAAAUGUUAAGCAAUGUGAAUGUUGAAUCUCCGAGCUGCUGGUUGGCAAUUUAAAAGGAAAUGAAUGUUUUUUUUUAGUAUAGGAUUACAAAAUGGUUUGGGUUGGAAGGGACCUUAAGGAUCAUCCAGUUCCAACCCCUCUGCCAUGGGCAGGGACACCUCCCAGUAUCCCAGGUUGCUCAGAGCCCCAUCCAGCCUGGCAUUAAACACUUCCAGGGAUGGACCAUCCUCAGCUUCCCUGGGCAACCUGUUCCAGUGCCUCACUAUCCUCACAGGGAAGAAUUUCUUCCUAAAAUCUAAUGUAAAUGUGCCCUCUUUCAGUCUGAUGUCACUGCCCCUUGUCCUUUCACUCCAUGUCCUUGUCCAAAGUCCCUCUCCAGCUCUCUUGUAGGCCCACUGGAACUGGAAAAGGUGCUGAGGACUCCCCAGAGCCUUCUCCAGGCUGAACAACCCCAGCUCUCUCAGCCUGUCUCCAUAGCAGAGGUGCUCCAGCCCUUGGAGCUCCUUUGUGGCUCUGGACUCGCUCCAAGGGGUCCAUGUUGGAGAUCCCAGAGCUGGAUGCAGGAUUCCAGGUGGGGUCUCAGGAGAGUAGAGGGUGAGGGAUAUAUAUGAAGGGAACUUUUCAUGCACUACAGUCCAGGCACAGAAAAUAAAAUAAAUAUAUAUAUAUAUACUGUAUAUUCAGGUAGUUAAAAAUCCUCAGGAUCUCAACACAGCCGUCAACCAAAGCCAGGCUUUGCAGUCUGGCUGCCUCAGACCUUACAAAAAGUGCUGUUCUGCCUUAAGCUGCUCUGAACCCAAAGUGGGCACUUUGUGGAUGUGGGAUUUGGGCAGGGAUGUCCCAGAGCUGCAGCAGGAGCAGUCUCAGUGCUGAGGUCCCUGGCUGAGCACACUGAGGGUGACUCUGGAGCUGUCCCUGCUGUGAAAGGCAAAGGGCAGAUGUUUGCAGGCAGGCUGUGCUGCCCCUGGAGCUGCACACACACACACACACACACACACACAGACUGGGUGUUUUCUACAAGGAAACACAAAACUGCGUUUCUGCAGGACGAGAUGAACUACCUCAUUUGUUAAAUUUGGCUUCUGAUUCCUUACAGCUCUCCUUUACGUGUCUGCCUGAAUGUUUUUAGCAAAAUGUUAAUUCCAAUCCGAGUGCCACCUGAAUGAGGGUUUUGAAAAUAAUUUAUAAUCGUGGUAGAGGAUCAAAAAGCCAUAUCAAGUCACUUUGUUAAGAAGGAUAAAUCUUUAUUGAAUGAAAUUACUCCACUAGUCUUGUUUUCUCUUUUGGUACUGAAAUGCAAUUAUCUUACAUGUAAACACUGCACCAAAUAAAUUGUUUUCUUUUUUUUUUUUUU